UAACCCGGUGAUUAAACAAUUCUCUGAUUGGCCAAAGAACAAUCUUAACUUUUAGUACAGAGAUAAUCACUCACAGAGAUAAAAUAUCACUCAAUAGUAACAGACUUAAACAUAUCUGAGCAUGAAAUCCAUAAGGCCUGGUGUCGAUGCAUCAAAAAGGGUUCUUAAUUUACCCAAUAUUUACUGAUUCUUGAGUUUUCUAACGCGUGAUUCUGUGACCAUUUGAGCUUAAGUCGGGCUUUAAGUUCAUCGCUGCUUGGUAAAUUACUGUACAUUUUCAUCUAGUACGGGAUUCAAUAUUAUGGCUUUGCCUGCAGUUGAAGUUGCUGACGAGGUAUUGAACCUGAAUGUCGGGGGAUGCAUCUAUACAACAAGUCGCUCAACGUUAGCACGUUAUCCGGAUUCAAUGCUAGGGUCAAUGUUCAGCGGUCGUUUGCCAUCUGCCGUCGAUGAUUGCCAUCGCUACAUCAUUGACGGAGACGGUCCAACAUUCCGACACAUUCUGAAUUUCCUCCGUCGAUCAAAGCUUAUUCUUCCUGACGGUUUCAAAGAGUGGGAUAUUCUAUCGGCUGAGGCCGACUACUACCAAUUACAAGAACUCAUUCAACUUAUCGACGAAAAACGUAUUCUACGGCCUGGUGGGCCUACCUACGAAUUUGUGGAGGUAGAAUUUCAUUUCAGAGAUUCUCAACGCCCACUGCGGAUUUAUGGCAAACCAGAAAUAAUACAUCAAAUCCUAACAUUCACAGGUGAAGAAUUUCAAAAUCAGCAGCUUUUUGAUGUGAUUUGCAGGGAAGAAUUAUACACUGGACAUAAAAUAAGACCGAAUAUAAGUAGAGUGAGGUUGUUCCGAGAAAUAACCAAGUUUGGCUUUACGUUAAUAUCUACGUCCUCACUCGCACAUGCACACAAGUGGACAUUUUCACGAAAAGAGGUUGCCGACGACUGAAUAUUUAAUAUUCUGUUUUUAAGUGAUAUUUUUACUGGCUAUAGUUUUUCUAUCCUUAUUAAAUGUUAAGUAUAGUGUGCGCCCAUAUUGAUCAUUGCGAAAAUGCAGUGUAAAAUAAGAAUGUAGGCCUAUUACCGGCUAAGUAGUGCAUUUAAUAAACAAUUAAUUGAUUGGUUGGGUUAUGAUUAUGACAAAGAUUUUGGAACAAUAUUAUUUUAUUUUAGUUUAGUAUGUUGAUGUUGCUAAAACAUAUAUAUUUAAUCAAACAUAUUGAGUGUAAUCGAAUUGACAGUAAAAGGCAAAAAUAACUUUUCUCUAGAAAAUAUUUUAGAAUUGGGAUUUUCUUAAGGAUCUGUGGACAGACCAGAAAAUUGAAAAUCAUCUUUGUCACGUUAUAUUUUGUAGCAGUACACCACUAAUUGAAACCACGGGGAUUUGUGAGUGAUCCUUCUCGUAUCAGAUCAGCAUGGAAAACCUUCAUUGGUGGUUUUUCGUUCGUAUACUAGAGCGUGAAUUUCACAGGUGGAGUAGCAAAACCAGGGGACAACGAUUUGUCGGUGGGUUCUGCAAUAGGUGAAAUAUAUUCAAUGCAAGAAAGAAAUAUUCGAAAUUAU